GCGGAGCGACUGAACGGUAGUCUGCGUUAUUCAAAACGCCCAGUUAUAUCUUCAUUAGCUUCUGUUUGUUUCUUUUUUUUCCAGUUAUAAUCGGUGGUAUUGCUGAGAUAAACAAAGCCAAGGGGUUUGAAUUGUACUCCGCCAGCUGUGAACUCGAAAUAUAUUCCACAAAAACAUCUCGACGAUAACAACAAGCCGGGACUGGUGUUGUCUUGCAUUACGAGCACUGUGAAGAUGACGGAGUACAAAUUAGUGGUGGUUGGUGCUGGUGGCGUGGGCAAGAGUGCGCUCACAAUUCAGCUAAUCCAAAACCAUUUUGUUGAUGAGUACGACCCAACUAUUGAAGACUCCUACAGAAAACAGGUGGUGAUUGAUGGCGAGACAUGUCUGCUGGACAUUCUGGACACUGCUGGUCAGGAGGAGUACAGCGCCAUGAGGGACCAAUACAUGAGGACAGGAGAGGGCUUCCUCUGUGUCUUCGCCAUCAACAACACCAAAUCCUUUGAGGACAUCCACCAGUAUAGGGAACAGAUCAAAAGGGUAAAAGAUUCAGAUGAUGUGCCCAUGGUGCUCGUGGGUAAUAAAUGUGACCUCCCAGCUCGUACAGUAGACACGAGGCAAGCUCAGGAACUGGCUCGCAGUUAUGGCAUCCCUUAUAUUGAAACAUCUGCAAAGACAAGACAGGGAGUGGAGGAUGCGUUCUACACACUGGUGCGGGAAAUCAGGCAGCACAAGCUCAGAAAGCUGAAUCCACCAGACGAUAAUGGCCAGGACUGCAUGAACUGUCGCUGUGUCGUGUCAUGACCAAGUUGCUUGCAUAAAAUGGAAGAGACUUUUGGAGCAGCCUUACUGCUCCAAUUCUGCGCUGCCUCCUCAGAUGUUAGAGGUUGGGAUAGACUGUAUAAAAGGACACCCUUAACAUUGGCACAAGUGGAUUGACUCUCCACAUUUGUCUGCUGAAGGACGGUGACACUGGCCUCCACUGGAGAAAAUUUUACCUCAAAGACUAGUCUGAACACUGGGUUUGCUUGGGUUGUGUUAAGGACUGCCACACUAAAAUAUGUUAUCCCUACUAAAACACUAUCUACUCUGAACUGGAAACAAUAACUUUGCCUAUCACCUCAUCGGCUUUGGACUUUCAACCAACAUACAGGAGGAAUGUAGAAUUAUUACUAUACUUGGAUUUGUGAACAUAAUGCAUAGAUUAGCAAAUGUAAUGUGAGAAAAAUAUACAACUUGUACGCCAUUUCUUGAGAAGGGCCUAACUCAAUAUAAUGUACAUAUAUACUGACCUCUCUUGCAGCAAAAUACUCCACUGUUCCAGUGCAAUAGCUCAGUGUUGAUCAAGGUACAGUGAUAAGGGAACACAUUGCUUUGACAUCUUUGAUUUGCACAUGGCAUAAGACUGUGUUCUAAGUGUGAGGCCACAUUUCAUAUGUGAUCCUCUUUUUCCUCUAUCUGUUGGUCUCUAUUUAAAUAACAAUGAAAAUUUAGGAUUCUAACACCAAACAUUUGACAAGGUUUGUCUGCUUUGUGAUCAUUUGUUCAUUUCUGGAGCGUUAAUACAUGGUGCCUGUAGGAUACGUUAUUUCACAGGGGACAGACUCGAACUGAAUCACACAUAUUGCAACCUUAAAAGGUU